AUGGCUAUUGAGAAGCAUAUAAAGGAAGGCGACAUUGCUGUGGGGGAAAAGGACUUUCUUGGAGCCAUUGGUGCCUAUAGUGCUGCAAUUAAAGAGGAUAGCAAUGCUCUCCAGCCCUACUUGAAGCGUGCGAACACUUAUUUGAAGUUGAAGAAUUACGACCAGGCCAAAAGCGACAUCUCUGUAGCAUAUCAAAUAGCUGAUUCCAGAGGCAAGAGGGAAGAAAUGGGGUUGUGCUACUUCAGAUUGGGACUCAUUUACUACGCGGAAAAGAAGUACAAACUUGCGGUAACUCAUUUUGACAAGGCUAUUAAGUAUAAUUGCGUAGAAUCGACACUUCAAAUGUGGAAAACGAAGGCCGAGUACGAUCUAAAGAAACAUCCUGAAGUGGAAGAGGAGGACGAUGAAUCCGACAUUUUCGAUGUAGAUAGGGCCCCCGUUGAAUCAACGGAUGCACCUAAAGUGGAAGAGGCGGCCAGCAAUAAAAUUGAGGAAAUUACCGCAGGUCUUGAUGAGAAAGCACUGACCAAUAUUGCUGUCAUUAAUAAACAGGCGCCUCUUAAAAUCAAGAUCAGGGACGACUGGUACCAAUCGAAUAACGAUGUCACCAUCACAAUCUAUGCUAAAAACGUAAAAGAGGACAAGUUACAAGUACUUUUCAAAGAAAAAUCUGUAGCUGUAUCUUUCCCCAGCUCAGCUAACUCCGAGUACAACUACAACUUGGACCCAUUGUAUUCGCAGAUAGACACCGACAAAAGUCGUUACAAAGUCUAUGGGACCAAAGUAGAAAUUACGUUGGUCAAGAAAGCUUCUAAGAAAUGGCCUACUUUAGAAGCUUCAGGAGUAGAAGAUGCCACUGAAGAAGCCGAAGACAAUGACGAAGUCAGAAAGGCAGCUUUAUCAUAUCCUUCUUCCUCGAAAAAGGCCGUCAACUGGGCCAACUUCAAGGUCAAUGAAGACGAAGAAGAGGACAAAGGAGAGAAUAGCUUCUUCACCAAGCUUUACGAGGAUGUUGACGACGACACGAGAAGAGCCAUGAUGAAGUCCUACGUCCAGCUGAACGGAACUGUUCUUACUACGAACUGGGCCGAAGCUAAAGACAAAGAAUUCGAGACCAGUCCUCCUGAAGGAAUGGAAGCCAAGCAAUGGGGAAAGUAG